GAUAAGCAUAUCUUUGUUGGACGAUCAUUACCCAUUAUAAUAGUUUCAGUACACUACAGUAUGGGUUUGUUCAGGUAUGUGACUGCUUUCACAGCAAUCGUCCUAGCAACAAUCGGUGUGCUGUUGUAUAGGAGAAGACGUUACGCCCACACACACUCCACACAAAACUCUCCCCCUUCCGAAGACUGCCCUCGUGGCCACGUCAACAGCCGUUCUCUACUAAACGCUUACAAGGUGACAGUUGUGAGGACAAUAGAAGAGUGUGAGCGAUUCCUCCAAAAUAGCGUUCCAGGCCCAGUGAGAGUGGUCGGUUUGGACUGUGAGUGGCGUGGGCCCGGCUACCUCAGCCGAAAACAGCAUUCUAAUGAUGACUACGAGUCUGAAGAGAGUGAAUCAAAGGAUUGUCCUGUGGCACUGUUGCAGCUGGCAUUCCCCAAUGGAGAGGUGGUUCUGGUCCGGCUCUGUCAAAUGAAAGGGAUUGGACAAACUUUGAGAGACUUACUCACUAACAGAAGUGUGCUGAAGUUUGGGGUCGGUAUUAGCAACGAUGUGAGUAGACUAGCAGCCGCCAUUGGAGUGAUCACUGCUGGCUGUGUAGACCUGCAACACAUCGCUGUGAGGUGUGGGAUAAGAAGUGGUACUAGUUUACAGGGACUGUGUCACCAGAUGCUCGGACUAGCAAUGGACAAGACCUUUCACCUUCGUUGUGGAGACUGGGAGGCUAAGCAACUGUCCCAGGAUCAGGUUGACUACGGUGCACUGGAUGCAAUCAUUGCACUGCACAUUCUUCAAGCAUUUGUUGAACUCAAAAUAUCAAAACACGAUCGUCGCGAAUCAAGCCGAAACAAUCACACAUCACAUGACCAGCCUACAGCAGCCAUUCUGAUUGGCCAAUCCUUAGAGACUUGGCUCAACAACGAAAGCCAUCACGCAUGUCUACUAUCGCUAUGUCAAGGAGUUAUUGACGUAAAAUUUAAGCAAAAACUAUCAAAAACUACGAAAAAUUUGGAUAAUGGAGCUGCUCCAGUUGUAAAGAGAACUAGUGCUUACAGUGUACGGCAGAGUAGUUUGUACCACAACUGUCGUCUCCUAGCACCAGAUGGUCAGCUGUUGUCCACCAUGCAUCGGAGGAAGCUAGAGUGGUAUCUUGAGAGAGGAUUGGGGACUCUCGUGUGUGAGUCUCCAAUGACAGUGCAGUUGCACUUUGAACCUGCCGGGCGGCCGGGUGCAGACAGGGAGUACUACCUCAGGGAGAAGGAGAACAUCUGUGCAGUGUGCGGGACCAAUCAGAACUGUGUCAGGAAGAACAUCAUCCCACACGAGUAUAGAAGGCACUUUCCUCCGCUGAUGAAGGAACACCUGUCACAUGAUGUGUUGUUGCUCUGUGUGACCUGUCAUCAGCUAGCUAGUCAUCACAGUGCACUACUCAAGCAACUGGUGGCGGCCGAACAUGAUCUCUAUGACGACACGAGCUCACAUAAAUUCAAGGAAGACUCACACUUGAAACAAAUCAAAAGCCAUGCAAGAGUGUUGCUCAAGGACACGGCUGGCAUACCUGAAGAGAGGCUGCGAAUGCUACGAGACUCAGUAGCUGGUCACUACCAAGUGGAGGGAGACCAGCUCACCAUGGAGACCAUACAAGCAGCUGCUAACAUUGACCCAAGAUCCCCUAACCGUGGUUACGUGUCCCACUCAGAGGUUGUCGUAGCAACCCUGUUAGCGGAGGGGGGCGAGAAGCGAUUGGUUGAGUUCCAGCGACGAUGGUGGCAAUAUUUCCUGGAUACAAUGGACCCCAAGCACCUCCCAGAGUGUUGGAGUGUGGAUCAUAACCCAGCUAGAUCAGUGUGAACUGUUGUCUUUAUUUAUUUAUUACCUGUACAUGUAUUCUUUCACAUACUGCCUUUGAUUUUUGUACUGUACAUAAUUAUACUGUGUUAUUUAAAAACAACUUCUUUUUUUUUUUAA